AGUCAAGUGGAUCCAUAUUGUACCACUUACGGAGGGAACCACUUGAAGUCUGGUAAAAUGAAUAUAAAAUCAACGUCCAUCGGUGGGCCCUUCAGUACCAACUGAACCUCCAUCAAAAAUCUUCAAAGAUUUUCCCAACAAGUGAUAAAAAAGGCUGUGAUAACCUUACUCAAAAUGGCUAAGCUCGUUGCACUGAUUCUGGCUACUGUUGUGGCUCUGGUCGCAUCCGAUGAGCAACCCGCAGCGAUCGAGGCCCAUGUUGAGAUCGUGCAGAACAUCGGCGCCUUCAAGGCAGCCAAUCCGGACGUGGAGCUAGUCCCACUGGACAUCACCAGAAGUACCCGCCAGCAGAUUGUCUAUAGUGUUGGAAACCGGAUCUCGGGAGACCGACUGGUGGCAGCCGACUCGAAUGGACAGUCCUGGUCCUCUCUGCAGGAUGUGGCGCUGACGCUGAACUACCCCCGAUCUGGAACGGGCGCCGUUGUGACGUACGUCCAGGUUGUGGUCAACCAGAGCUCGAACCAGGGACGGGGCUACAUCACCGCCGGAGGAAUCGGCCAGCGUCGUAUUACGUUGGUCAUUGAGGCGUACAGUACCAACUACUUCAACUACAACGCGCAGAUUUAUGGAUAUUAGGGGAUGGUCAAGGAGUUGUGACUACUUUCAAAUAGCAGCAAUUAUAAACAAAUAAACAUGCAAUGUCUACCACCAUACAUUCUGGAUCAG